AUGCUUUCGACAUUCAAGGCCUCUCGAGCUCUGCUCGUUGGUGGUGCACGCCGUUCUGCUGUACGCGUUGUUCGGCGUACACCACUAGUUGCACGAACCUUGCAGACGCAAUCAAUCCGGCAGACGGAUAGGGAUACCAUCACCCGCCUCCUGUAUUCCAUCGGCACAAAACGCGAGGUCGAGCGGUAUCUCCGUAUCUUCUCGUCUUCCUCGCAUCCAUCGCAUCCAGCCAAGUUCGCCGUUAUCAAAGUCGGUGGAGCCGUGCUAGAUGAGCUCGAUGAACUUGCUCUCAGUCUCAGCUUUUUGUAUCGCGUUGGGCUGUACCCGGUCGUUAUACACGGUGCUGGACCACAGUUAAAUCAAAUCAUCGAAGAAGCUGGUGUCAUUCCGGACUACAAUGACGGUAUCCGUAUUACGGAUGCGAAAACGCUUCAAAUCGCUCGCCGAGUUUUUCUCGAAGAGAACCUCAAGAUCGUUAAUGCACUCGAAAAGCUUGGCUGUCGCGCACGUCCGAUUACUUCGGGAGUGUUCACCGCAGACUACCUCGACCGCGACAAGUACGGAUUCGUUGGAAAGAUCACUAAGGUAGAUAAGCGCCCGAUCGAGGCGUCAAUUCGAGCGGGCGCUCUACCUAUCCUGUGCAGCCUCGCCGAGUCCGAAGAGGGACAAAUCCUGAAUGUCAACGCAGAUGUCGCAGCGGGUGAACUUGCUAAGGAGGUCGAGCCGCUUAAGAUUGUGUAUUUGAAUGAGAAGGGCGGGUUGUUUCAUGGUGUUACUGGCGAGAAGCUCGACACAAUCAACCUUGAUGAGGAAUACGAUAACCUCAUGAAGGAAUCCUGGGUCAAGUACGGUACCAAGCUCAAGCUACGGGAGAUCAAGGAUCUCCUCGACCACCUACCACGCUCGUCUUCCGUUGCCAUCAUCUCAGCCCCCAUGCUGCAGAAGGAGCUCUUCACAGACAGUGGAGCAGGUACACUCAUUCGUCGUGGAUACAAGCUCUUUAAGCACAAUUCCGUUGAUGCCGUUGGAGCUGACCGGCUACGGCAGGUUAUCCAUGACCGUGACGCUGAUGUAGUUUCUGGAGAACAGUCGGUCUCGGGUAUACUGAACGAUCUCAAAAAGACGCCAUUCACGGUGUAUGGUGACGAGGCCUUUGAUGUCGUGGCCAUCGUCUCGCACCCCGAAGGCGAAGUUCCUGUUCUGACGAAAUUGUACGCUUCACGCAACGGUAUCCUUAACAGUGUCAUCGACAAUGUCUUCGCUUCGAUCAAGCGUGACCAUCGUCGACUAUUCUGGACUGCGCAGACGACGAACGUAUCUGCUGCAGAUGAGCCUGCACACUCCAUUUCUCGUCCUGGACCUGAGUGGCAUUUCGAGCGUGCAGACGGAAGCUUCACACGUGCAGGACGUAGUCUGUUCUGGUACGGAAUUCAGAGUAUUGAGGAUGUCGAAAAGAAUGUGAAGGAUCUCGAGGCGAAGGGUCGGGUUGCGCGUUCGUAUCUUCCUGUGGGACCAUCUGCUCCUCCACAUCGUGCCGCCGCUUCCGGACCGAACGGAGCUCGCUCGUACUCAACGAUGCGUCGAUUGCCUGGAUCGUCGCGCGGUUACGCUACCGCAGCUAUUCCUGCCGCAUCUACUGAGCCAAAACGUCUUGCACUUAUCGGUGCUCGCGGAUACACCGGCCGAAGUCUCACAGGCCUUCUGUCAAACCAUCCUCACCUCAACCUUACACAUGUAUCCUCGCGGCAGCUUGCAGGCACGGUUCUUGAUUCAUACACAAAGGAAAGCGUGAUAUACUCCAACCUUUCUGCGGACGACGUGCAAAAGAUGGAAGCAGACGGUGCGGUUGACGCAUGGGUAAUGGCUCUCCCAAAUGGAGCCGCGAAGCCGUUCGUUGAGGCUAUCGACAACGGGGCGCAAAAACGAGUUAAUGGGAAGCAGAGUGUGAUUGUCGACUUGAGCGCAGAUUAUCGGUUUGAGGAUGGCUGGACGUAUGGGCUUCCGGAAUUAUAUGGUCGAGCGCUCAUUCGUACAUCCACACGAAUUUCCAACCCAGGAUGCUAUGCGACUUCCAUGCAACUCCUGGUUGGUCCACUUGCUAAGGCAGGGUUAAUCUCACCAGGUGUCUGGCCAACCGUCUUCGGCAUCUCAGGUUACAGUGGCGCGGGGACCGUAGCGGGUGCGAACGACGCAGACGGGCGCCCGGUAACAGUCCCGAAAGUCACCCCAGAAUCCCUACAAGGCGGUAUACGUCCGUAUUCGUUGACGGAUCACAUUCACGAGCGGGAGGCCGGACGUCAUCUUUCUACACUUCUAGGUGCGAAUACUGGAGGCAUGAAAGUUGCAUUCAUCCCGAGCGUAGCACCAUGGUUCAGUGGAAUCAUCAGUGUACUCAACGCACCGCUCAACAAGAAGAUUGCGGCUCGAGACGUGAAGGCUUUGUAUGAAGAGAUGUACGCAGGCGAACGACUAAUCAAGAUCGGUUCAACUGUACCCUCUCUACCUAACAUCGAGAACAAACAGGGUUGGACCGUCGGUGGUUUCCAGGUGCAUAGUGAGGGUGAUAGAGUUGUCGUUGUGGGUGGACUUGAUAAUUUACUAAAAGGCGCUGCGACUCAAUGCCUCCAAAAUCUGAACCUCGCCCUUGGGUAUGACGAAUACGCAGGUAUACCGAUCGAUGAGAGCUCCAUUUAG